CCCGGCGCCGUCCGACUCCGCGGGCGCCCAGCCGGCAGCGGGCAAGGGCGGGCGGGGGCAGCCGGUGCCCGGCGCUCGGUCUCGGGAGCGUUACCCUUCCCCUGUUUUAAUUUCUUUAUUAUUUUUUUUUCGCCCGGGUGUUUGGCACAUUUCGAAAAGCGGCGCACGCCGGCUGGAAGCCCUGGCUGCCGUCCAGCGCGGCGCGGAGCGGGCCGCCCCGGCUCCCGGGCGGGGAGCGAUGCUGCCGGCCCCCCAGGGCACCCCGCCGCCCGCCCGCGCUCCCGGAGGCGCCUGAGCCGCCGGCCGGGGCGCGAAUGGAGGCCGAAGGAGCCGCCUGCCAUGUGCAGUGGUAGCGGGCGGCCUCGGCGGCGGCCCGGCGGCGCAGUAGCGGCGGGACCAUGGUGAAGGAGGAGUGCAAGGCGCUGCUGGACGCCCUCAACAAGGUGACCGCCUGCUACCGGCACAUGGUGCUGACCAUCGGCGGCACCUCGGACUCCCAGAACCUGCGUGAGGAGCUCAAGAAGACCCGGCAGAAAGCCCAGGAGCUGGCGGUGGCCAACAGGAACAAGCUCACCACGGUCCUGAAGGACAAAACCGUGAGUAAGGAAGAUAAAGCCGAGUUCGAGAGGCUAUGGGUGAUUUUCUCCACGUGCCUAGAGAUCCUGGAGAUCGACAUGAGGAGAGCCCUAGAGCUGGGCCACGAGUUCCCACUAAACGUCCCCAAAAAGCACCUGAUCCAAACAGGCAUGAGUGGGGGAACCUCUGGCGUGGCCGCCAGGGCAAUGAGCGUCCAGAACAUGAAAUACGAGGCCGAGCACAAUAUCGACGUGGUGGAUUUGAAAGACCUCGAGAAUGAAAUCAACCAGGUAGGAGAGAUGAUGUACGAGAUGGAAAUGAAGGUCAAUGUCCCCCAAUGGACAGUGGAGGCUAAGCAAGACCCAGGGGCUGAACUAAAAUCCACCAUCAGCGUGGGUGCUUCUUCCAUUGGCAUGAUCUCUGUGGAGGAGAAUAAAUCCUUCUGCGAUAUCAGCAAAGUCCUAGCUGGGAUUAUUUUCUCCGCGGUGCUCAUUAUUGCCAUCGUCCUGGCCGUCUGUGUGGUAAAACUCUCUUAGGGCGGUGCAGGCUCUGACAAGAGGGACCCCCCUCCAGCCUGUCCUCGGGGUGUUUCACGCCCCACCUUUCAUUUCAGGAUGGGUCACUGGGAUGAGCUGAGAAUUUAAACCUAGCACUUGAAAAAACAAAGCAGAACUUUUGCCUCUUAAUAUCCUAAAAUGCACGAUUUGUUUCUUCUUGCUUUCUGAACAAAAGAGAUGCAAAUCCGCCUGCAGAAUAGGAUGUCUUCACUGGCUGGACUUGUAAUAGUUAACUAUGAAGUAUCAGGGUAUUAUCACUACUGGCUAUAACAGGGAUUUGUCUGCUAUUAAUAGAUCCCUAUUCUCAGAAGUCUGUAUUUUUUGUUCUUGAAUAGGCUUUAGUGUUUGCUGCUGGUCACUGUUUACAGUGUUUGAGAGUAACACAGAUUUGGAGGCUAACAUGGAUAUUUUGUCCAACAAAGUGAAUAGAAUACUUUUUUUUUUUCAUCAAAUACACAAAAUAUUAUUUCAGUGGAGGAGAAGAGGAAGGAUGAAAACCCCGGUAAAAGAAGUAAACAACCUCUAUUUUAGAUAAGUUAAUGGUUGAGGAGGGGGGAGGCAUGGAGGAGGAUGGAGAACACUGAACAAGCAAUGUUUGAUACCAAAUACUGCUUGUUGAUUUAAGACCCCAGUACAGAACCCAGUUGCAUGGGUUGGCACAGCAUACGCGAAUGACUAAUCGUUUUCCAAAUCCAGAAAGAAAAACGGGAGAGUUGCAUAUUCAGAAAAAUACUAGCAAGCUUCAUGGUUCUCGUCCACAUUUACCACGAAUUUGUCUUCCCUUGCAGAAAGGCUGAUUCUUGUCACUGGUUCAUAUUUUUCUUUCUGUAGAAGCAGUUUGCACUUCACAAUUAACUAUGAAAAUAGGAGCAAUAAAUCUACCCACAGCAGGAGUGGUAAUUUUUGAAAACAGAUUUUGGCAAACAAAAAUUAUGUCAGGUUAAAGCAGACCUUUCUAAUAAUCCAAAGAGAGAUCCCCUCUCCUGUUGACAGGUGGGGAUUGAUGCCUCUGUACAGUCACAUUUCUGCAAGCUCCUGAAUUCUUUGCAGAAAUCCAGACGAAGCUAAAAACAUGUCUCAGUUUUAUAUUUCAUUCGUGUCUGAUUAAUCAUUUGGGAAAGAGGAAGCCUGCAGGAUUGGUCCAAUUUGAUACAUGGCGAAUUUGGGAGGUAAAUGCAAGAGCAGCAUGAAACUCUCCACUGCUUCCCUAUGAAAUUGUCAAUGUUAAAAUGUAAAACUGAGGGGACAGACGCUGACUUUGCAGAGAAGCUCUAUAAUGUUCUGUAAAAGGACCUAUGGAUUACAGUGUUUACUAUGUGACUUCGGGGAACGUCCUCCGCUACUGUGAACACACACUGUCACUUCAAGGAUGCUUGGUAUAUACUUUAUAGUGCCAUAGGUGUAUGAGGCACUACACAGGUAAAUAUAGAGAGCCUGUAAUACGGGGGGUUAAUAAGUUAUUAUUCUUUUGCAUUGAUUAUUAUGGACACAUUAUCAAAAAGUAACAAUCAUUGGACAUGUUUCUUGAAGUUACUAGGCAAUAGUCUUCAUGCUUGUUAAAUAAAAUUAUGCUGAUAGCAUUCAUAAACAGCUAUUAUUUUUGAGUUAAGAACUAAGCAUACUUUGAAAAACCACAGCAAACGGUUUUUUCUUUACAACUUAAGAGAAGUGGAUUUGGGCAGAAAAAGUGCAUGACAAAUUUGAAUCCGCUCACUUAUUAAGUGAGAAAAAAAAUAACGUGAGGAAAAACAGCAAGUGGGGGCCUGAAUGAAAGGCUGUAGACUAUUGUUAUGUUGAAGGAUAAUGAGUUCUGCACAUUGAUCCAGUCUAGCUCCGUUCUCCUGGGAAUUCAGUUACGUAAGAUGACUCCACAUUCCUUUCUAUUGUAUUUCACAUGUUCCAUAGGAUGUGUUUUAUACGUAGUUAAUCUAGGUUCGUAGAGACCCCCAGCAGCAUUCUAACAAGGUCCAGCCUGUAUUUAUAGGUGCUACUGUUUCAGUCUGUCCAGACAAGGUGUAAUUGCUGUGUGUUCAUUUAAAUGAGAAGACCUCCUUCACAAUCAUAUUGAGUGAAUAUAUUUAUGGAAAAUACAGCAAAAGCUGCAGGAGAAUGUACACAUUUGGACUGCCACCGCUAGUCGCUAAGGAUUCGUGGGUAUUUUCACUCUUUGUGCUCUCCUUUUACUUAGUUCACAGGGAAGUGGAUAACAAGCUGGACUCUGAGAACUCCAUGUUCUUUUGAAAUCAGCUUGUUUAACCACAUGUUCUGUAAACCCAAGUAACGCAAGUCUGGUUUCUGGUGGAUAAGUAAAUGGUAACACCUAUAGCAUUCACUAUCUUGUAUCUUGGUAUCCUGAAGUGGGUGUACUGUUUAUCCACAGUUAGUUGCAUAGAAGAAUUUUUAAGAACAGGUAAUCUCAUCUUCAAAAGCGAGCCUCAGUGAGUUGGUAAAUUGUAAAUUUUCAGUCCGUUGCAUUUUUUUUUAAUUUGGAUUUUUGGAUACAGGACUCAAAGAAUUCAUAUAAGUGGCCUAUAAUUAUGUCAGUCUUGCUUCAUUAUGAAUGUGCACACCAUUAGUAUUUAAAGGACUGGACCGUGGAAAAAUAAUGUGUUUUCAAAUCUUAAGACAGAGCUGGCUGCAGAUAUAUUCAUCAUUAGUUUGUUCCUAAAAAUCUGUAUCAUCUUAUAUUUAGGUGAUCUAAGAUUAAUAGAUUAAGUAGAAUUCUAACAGAGGACUGGCACCGUCUAAAUGUAUAACAUUGCUGCCAUUAUCUCCUACACUUGAUACAAGUGUAUGCUCAAUGUGACAGAGUUCAGGCACGACAGCGCACAAAAGCAAAGCAAGAUAAAACCACCAUUGCCCAAAAGUACUAGAUGCCUCUUUUAAAUUAAGAAAUAAAGAGAUGAUGUAGAUUUGCAGUCUUCAUUUUCUUUCCCCGCUGGAUGCAGCUGGAAGGAGACUGGAAAUGCUAUUUUUAUAAGUGGAAAAUGGGAAGUCAAACUUCAAAAUACUCUAUUUAAAUAGCAUGAUGAAAAUGCAAAUACUCUCAUGCUUAUGAGUGAAUGAGAAUGUUAUUGUGUUUUCAGUACAAAUGAAGAUGGUCAUUGCUUAACUUCAGUGUUGUUCUACUAUGGUUCUUUUGUCUUUAUUCACAGGAUACACAUUAAAUUUGCUGUAUACUAAAAUCUUAUUCCGUACUUGAAUUACACUGUUUUUGCCUGUGCAUGGGUGGUAUUUUCUACACUUUGAAUAAUUCAAACUUGUUACGGUCACUAUUUAUUUAACUUAAAAUAAAGUACGUUCUUACAACUUA